AUUGAAUAUCCUUAGGAAGAGAGCUGUGUCGACCAAGUACAAAGUAACUCCUCUUCAGGCAUCUGAUGUUGCAGUUAAUCGAAAAAAAUGCAUUUUACUUGAUGUACAUUGAAUUGUGGGAGCAGCAUUGAUGAUUGGACUAAAACCCAGUGGAGAGAGAUUAAUGUGGAACAGAUGGAUGUGCAGCUCAGAAGAUUUUGGCAGAAAUCUACCAAACAUGGACAGCCUUUGAAUUUUCUUAUGAAGAGCAUCAGAGGAAAUAAACUCCUUUAUUGGUGUCAGAUGAACAGCUGCUUGAAACUUUAGAUAACAAUCAAACUUUCUCUUUGUGAAAAAGCUUUGUCUGCAUACCAAGAAACCAAGCACGUCUUUUCCUUGCUUCUAUUUUGUUUUUUCAGCAGACUUGCUAGACAUCCUUUCAGAAGGAACACAGCCAAAACAGAACCUGUGGCAUGGCUGUCCCUGACAUUGAACUGAUCUCUGAAAUUAUGUUGGUUGCUGAAGGAUUUAUUGAUGCGUGUCUGUUAGCCAGGAAGUUUAUCACCUUGUAACCACUCUGCAGGGAGCUGCUCCCUGAACAGCACUGUUAUGACUGGUGACUUCAGGCUAUCAAGUCAGUUUUGGUAAUUGCUGGGCCCUUGAAACGAGGAGACAAGAAUAUUGUCCUUUUCCAGGUGCUUAUGGGAAUCUAAAGAGACUUUAAUUUCCCUAAAAUAGUAACAGAUGAUAUCCCGAUUUUCACAGGCCUAAUCAGUGACCUGUUUCCAGCUCUGGAUGUUACUAGGAAGAGGAACCUACAGUUUGAACAGAUGGGUAAACAAUCUACCCUGAAGCUUCAUUUGAAGCCUGAAGAGAGCUUUAUUCUCAAAGUGGUUCAGCUGGAGAAGCUGCUGGCAGUGCAUCACUCUGUGUUUGACGUUGGAAAUGCAGGAAUUGAAAAGGGUAAGGUGCUAAAAGUUCUGCUCCACAUGUAUGCGAACAUGAAAGAAAUAGCUGUUUGGAAUGAUCUUAACUCAAAAGUCCUGACAACGUUUGGCUUUAUACACCAUGAAACCUGAUAAGGGAAAGAUGGCAAGUAUGAUAGGCAGAAGCUAACUAUUAAAGAAAUUCAUAGUUGUCAAUAUGUUGCUCAUAUGAAUCCAACUGCUGGCAGCUUCACUAUCAAACCUAGGCUCCAGCCUUGGCUCGUCUAUUGCCAUUUUUCAAAUGGAGCAGACCCUCAUUGCGAGCCAGUGAAAGCACCUGAACUGCUGAGUAAUAUGCUUCCUGGGAACUCCUCAAGCUACAAUAAACUGCAUGCCUCUAUGCACCUAGUCUUAUUUGAGGGUGCCAUGCAGCAUGUGUGCCAAAUCACUCAUUUCCUAGAAUUCCCUAGGGGUUGUGCACUUCUGAUUGGAGUAGGUGGUAAACUGAGCUUGUCAAGGCUGGCAGCAUACAUCUGCUCCCUAGAGUUUUUCCAAAUCACACAGAAGAAAGAUUACGGGAUGCAGGACCUCAGGGUAGAUCUUGCCAGUUUGUACAUCAAGACUGGUGCCAAGAACAUGCCAACAGUGUUUUUGCUGACAGAUGCCCAAGUUCCAGAUGAACGCUUUUUUGUGCUGAUUAAUGACUUGUUGGCAUCAGGAGAGCUUCCAGAUCUGUUCGGUGAUGAAGGCUUGAAGCUCAUAGUUGCAUGAGUAGAAAAAGUCUGAGCCCUGGGCCUGAUGGACACCAGAGAGCACUGCUGGAGUCUGAAAAACAUGUAUUUGAGCUUGUCCGUUGGAAACCUCAAAGCAAAAAAGAAAACUUUAUGUCGUGGUAUCUUACUUACCAGCAGCUUGUGUUUUUAUUUUGGACCCUUCUCAAAAGAGUAUCAUCAGGAACUAAUGGGGCAUUUCUGUAUUCCUUUUCUAAAGCAAAAGGUUCCUUUUCCUGUGAUGGGGGGCCUGGACCCAAUUGCCACAUUGACGGAUGAUGCUAUGAUUGCAACAUGGAGUAACGAGAGACUGCCUGGUGAUAGGAUGCCAACAGAAAAUGCCACUUCUCUAAGAAACUGCGAGUGCUGACCUCUGAUGAUAGAUCCCCAGCAACAGGGAAUUAAAUGGAUAAAGAAUACAUGCGGAGCUGACCUUAUCGUACGUCUAGGACAGAAAGGUUUUCUGAAGACCAUUGAAAGAGCUUUGGCUUUUGAUGAGACUAUACUAAUUGAAAACAUGGGUGAAUCUAUUGAUCCCAUACUUGAUCCUCUGCUUGGAAGACACAUAGUUAAAAAGGGAAGGUACAUGAGGAAGGGGGAAAAAAAAUGUGAAUUCAACAAGAAUUUCUGUCUCAUCCUUCACACUAAGCUGGCUAACCCUCACUACGGGCGAGAACUGCAGGCUCAGGCCACCCUCAUUAAUUUCUCUGUCACUGAGGACAGGCUGGAAGACCACCUGUUGGCUGAGGUUGUUAGUCCUGAAAGGCAAGACUUAGAAAAACAUAAGCUGCCACAUAGAUUACCACUUGCCAUCUCUGGGCAAGAUCCCAGUCCUUUUGUGCAGUCUCAGGAGGAAGGACCCCAGCAGAGAGAUAAAGUUCUGGUCCAUGACAACCUUGUCCUUCUCUCUAUGGGUGUCCAGAACCUUAGAUCUAGCCUUCAAUGUGUUUUCCACAAAGCAAUUAAAUAGGCUGAAAUAUCAGGGGAUAUUCAAUGUUGUAUCUCUAACCUGAGAAAAGUUGUCACAUAUUCAACCUUUCUUUUCACAAGCCAAGGACUUUUUCAAAAAGAUAACCUCGUUUUUCUGGCCCAAACAGCUUUUCAGAUGAGGAAAAAUCUCUGUUUGAUUCUUCUAAGAAGUAAAGAGAUAGAAUUUGUGGAAUUGGAUUUCCUUCUUCAAUUCAGAAGAACACAUGUGAGUCCUGUUGACUUCCUAAGUACUCAGUGAUGGAGUGUCAUUAGAGCCAUGGCAGUGAUGGAUGUGUUCAGUGGGGUAGAUAAAGAUAUUGAAAGAUCCACCAAGAAAUGGAAGAAGUGGGUGGACUCAGAAUGUCCAGAAAAGGAAAAGUUCCCCAGGAAUAGACAAAAAAAACCAAACCUCUUUUGAGAAACAGUUAAUGCUGUCCAUUAGGACAGAAUGACAUACACUCUGAGGAACUUUGUGGAAGAAAAGCUUGGCUGAAGGUAUGUGGAAAGCGCAAGGAUGGAUUUAGCAAAAUGCAGUGAGCAGUGCAGCUCAACCAGUCCUGUGUUUUUCAUUCUGACUUCCAGAGUAGACCCACUUGAAGAUACUGAGACAUUAGGCAAAAAGCUUGGGUUCAUUAUAGACUGUAGACUCUAGAAGAUUUCAUAACAUCUCUUUUGGACAAAGGCAGGAGAUGGUUGCAAAUGAGGCACUCAAGAAGGCUGCCU